UAUUCCACAUGGUUCCUCCAAGUGCUCUUCCCUCUAUGGCUUUAUACAGUCAGGUUAAUUGUGAUCGGAUAUUAGACAGACACAAAUCCUGCCUUUACUGCCAUUGAGGGAUUUCUGCAGUUUUAUUUGAGACACUUUGAUGAGCUGGGUCCAUGGACCCCCAACAGUCUGCCCUCCCACUGCAGCUGCAUGGCAACAGUUUUGCUAUGAGCUCUGGACAAGUGCCAAACCUAUGUCCGGGAUACAAUGGAGGAGGCCAAGAUGCAGAAUUUAAUCAGCAAAACAUGACCUCCUCUGCUCAUGUCAGUUCCAGGUUGAGCCCAGAUGAACAGUUUGAGAGGCCACUGGAGCCUCUGGUUCACUGCCAUGCCAAGGGUAAGCUGGACAUCAAGAGCAGGAGCUGCAGUCUACUCACCAUCUGCCACUCUGGAGUUAUUUUUCCCUGGAUGAAUUCACGGACAACUGACUCUGAACAAUCUGUGAGCGGUGGUGGUGGUGGUGGUGGUGGUGAUGUGCCAGGCGGUCGACAUGGCAAAGGUGCGAGGAGAGAGAGAACAGCUUUCACCAGCAGCCAGCUGCUGGAGCUGGAGAAGGAGUUCCACUUCAGCCCUUACCUGCGUCGCCCUCGGAGGCUGGAGAUGGCCGCCGGGCUGCAGCUCACUGACCGCCAGGUCAAGAUCUGGUUUCAGAACCGCAGGAUGAGGUACAAGAAGGAGCACAAGUAUGGACAGGCAUUAGAUGUGUCACAGCAGUCCCCCUGCCACUCCACCUGCAGCUCCAGCUCGUGUACAGAUCACCCGAGGUUCCCUGCAGGUGGAUGUGUUGCCAGAACCUCCUUCUCAUCAGAUCUGCACUUCAUGGAUUGUUCUCCUAUGUCCUCCUCUGUUUUUAGUCACAGCAGCAGUGGUCAGUCUACUCACCCUGCAGACCUGACCCAACUCAGUUGUAUAUAUUCGUCUGUUACUACUGGGUCACGGUCCUCCUGUAUGGCCGUAAACAGUUUUCCUAAUGCUGGCAUUUCUAACUGGCCCUAGGGCCCCAUGAUGUCUGUCCCUUCAGUGCUCAUCACAGUCUCAAUGAUACAUCCACUCUCACUUAGUGAUGAAUGACUGAAGGAUGUCUGGUUCACAUUGCAGCACUAAAAUCCCCUCUUCACUCCCUUCAUGAAGUAUUUAAAUUACACUCUAAGAACAUGUCAAAUGGCAAAGUGACUGCUUCAGCCUUUGCUACUCACAUUGCAUGUACAUCAAUUUAAAAUACAGUUUUUUUUGUUGUAAGUUUUCUGGGAAGCUACAAUUGUGUUGUGUUUUUCAUGUUUAAUGCAUGCAGGACUAUGGAUGAGUUCUUAAUUCCCUCUGUAAGCAGAUAGUGGCUAAAUGGUUGUCAUACUUUGUUAUCGUCACAUUAGGCCUCUUUGUAUUAUUUAUGUACUGUAAAUAGCAGGUCAUUUGUGUAAAAACACAUUUUAACUUUGAAAUGGACAGAAUAAUGUUCAUAUUGAAUGAUUUUCUAUUUUUGUUAAAGCCAUAAAAUGAUGUGGCAAGUUUUUGAUACUGUUCUUGAUUAAUUAAGGUGUCACAUACUGUACAUGCUUAAUAAAUGCAUUUGGGAAAAACGGUA